GGCCUGGGGAGCGCGGGCGCAGCGGCCCCGGGACCCCGCGGAAAACGGGACGCGUUGCGUCCUCUCGUCUUCAUCGGAGUUUCCUGAAGGAUUUUUCACACCUCAGGAGAGGAAGGAUGGAGGAAUCGUUAUCUACUUCAUAAUCAUACUGUACAUGUUUUUGGCCGUGUCCAUUGUGUGUGAUGAUUACUUCCUACCUUCCCUAGAGAUCAUCAGUGAAUGCCUUGGCCUCUCACAGGAUGUUGCUGGAGCAACUUUUAUGGCUGCUGGAAGCUCUGCUCCAGAGCUUGUCACUGCUUUUCUAGGAGCUUUCGUGACAAAGGGAGAUAUCGGGGUCAGCACCAUCCUUGGAUCAGCAAUAUAUAAUCUUCUUGGUAUUUCUGCAGCUUGUGGGCUGUUUUCCAGUGUGGUUUCGAGGCUGUCCUGUUGGCCGCUGUUCAGAGACUGUCUGGCAUACACCAUCAGUGCAGCAGCGGUCCUUGCGAUGAUAUCUGACAACAGAAUUUACUGGUAUGAAAGUGCAUCCCUAUUACUGAUAUAUGGGUGUUACAUUCUGGUACUAUGUUUUGACAUUAAAAUCAACCAAUACCUCAUGAAAAAGUUCAGUCCCUGCUGUACAUGUUUUACAAAAGCUAUGGAAGAGAAUGCAGAGCAGCAGCCACUGGUUGGAUGGAGGGAUGAGAGUGGACCUCUAAUUCGUCAACAGUCGAGAACAGACAGUGGAAUUUUUCAAGAUGAGCUGGACUACUCUCAACUUUCAACAAGCUUACAUGGGCUGGAUGAAAUAUCUGCAGAUCAUCCGAAUGUCUUCACCAUGCCUGAAGCAGAUAUGAAGAGAAUUUUGUGGGUGUUAUCCCUUCCUAUUAUCACACUACUCUAUUUAACUAUACCAGAUUGCAGAAGACAGUUUUGGAGGAACUGGUUCAUGGUGACAUUUUUAAUUUCAGCAGCAUGGAUUUCUGCAAUAACUUAUGUUCUUGUAUGGAUGGUAACAAUAGCAGGUGAAACGCUGGGAAUCCCAGAGUCAGUCAUGGGUCUCACAUUACUUGCAGCAGGAACAAGUGUACCAGACACAGUUGCAAGUGUGCUGGUUGCUCGAAAAGGAAAUGGAGACAUGGCUAUGUCUAACAUUGUAGGAUCCAAUGUAUUUGAUAUGCUCUGUUUGGGAAUACCCUGGUUUAUAAAAACUGCCUUCAUAAAUACAUCAGGACCCAUAGAAGUGAACAGCAGUGGUCUGACAUACACAGCCAUUUCUCUUAUCUGUUCUGUUGGUUUUAUUUUUCUGGCAGUUCACCUGAAUGGCUGGAAAAUAGAUAAAAAAUUGGGAACAAUUUGUCUUGUCCUGUACUUAGUAUUUACUGUAUUAUCAAUUUUAUAUGAACUUGGCAUCAUAGGAAACAAUCCUACAAGGGUCUGUGGUAACUAG